UAUUGAGGCCAAGACAGCGGCACGACAGUCGUCGUUAGAGUAUCGCGCGGCGCGCGGUCAGUCGACAAGUCGGCGUCGUAGUGAGCGGACGUGGUGGUUCUCCUCGUUCUUUGACGCGCGCAGGAACUCGCAUAUACAAUAUACAUACACACACGCGCGCACGCGCGCGCUUUUAACAUAUAUACCGUUCGUAUAUGCGCGUACGUCGGUAGUCUCACGCAGUGCAUCGACGCAUACAGUACGACAACGUCUAUCGGGGGAGAGAGUCGGGAAAUUACAAACGGAGUUCAAGUUCACUUCUUCUGACGAAGUGGCCGAGCCUCUAGUUGAGGAGUCUUUUUUUUUUCUCGGAGUGUCUACUGAGUACUUUCGUCGGAGUGUGCCGGUGAUAUAUUGUACGCGCGCAUCUCGUGUCGAGUCAGUUCCGAGAUUCGUGUUACCGGGACGACUGUUAUAUCGCCGUGACAGUCGUGCGGCGGGGAGGUUCGAUGAACGGAACGUAGCGUUACAAUUUUGAGUAAACUCGCACGUUCCGCCGUUCCUUCGUCGAGUGGAUCAGCAAGGUGGAUUGCUGCUCCUACUUGCGCUUCGGAUCCACGGAAACUUUCAAGAUUGAUGUAUUAAGAAGACAAAGUAUGGUGGCAGAGUUCGUCGUCCAUCGCCAGAGUGGAUCGCCCAUCAAUGGUGAGACCGCGUGUCUGAACGGCAGUGUACCGGCUACGCACACAAUGACGCACGGUGGCGCACACGGUGCGCCUCAUAGCGGACCUCACGACGUUCACAAACCCCUCACGGUGCCCCUCACCCAUCCCGGUCAUCACGGUGGACCGCCGGCUGUGAUUCAGCAGCAGCAUCAGCACCAGGCGCAGCAGCAGCAGCAACAACCGCCGCCGCCUCAGCAGCCGCCGCACCAUCAUCAUCACCAUCAGGCGCAGCAGCAGCAGCAGCAGCAACAGCAGCAGCAGCAACAGCAACAACAACAGCAGCAGCAUCACCAUCACGACGGACCGCAGGUGACAACGCAUCCGGACAACCUGCAGCCCAACUUCGAGAUUCGCAAGGAGUUGUUCUCGCAGCGCAAGCAGCGCGAAUUCAUCCCCGAUAACAAGAAGGACGAUAGUUACUGGGAUCGUCGUCGGCGCAACAACGAGGCGGCCAAGCGAUCGCGCGAGAAGCGUCGUUUCAACGACAUGGUGCUCGAGCAGCGCGUGAUGGAGCUCAGCAAGGAGAAUCACAUACUCAAGGCGCAACUGGACGCGAUACGCGACAAAUUCGGCAUUUGCGGGGAGACGAUCAUCAACACGGAGCACGUGCUAGCGGCAAUGCCGACCGAGCCGAUCGUGAAGCGUGCCAAACUGCCGGCGUCCGCGCUUCUGUACGCGCGCACGCCGAGUCCGGUGCAUACUUCGGUGAUACACCAGCCGGUGAACGGCGCGCGGUCGCCGCGCUCACCGGCCUCGCAGCUCUACGUACCCGAGACCACCGCCUCUACAUAUCCGGAGACCGAGAGCUUCCAAUAUCCGUACUCGCAUCAUCCGGCGAUGCAUCAUCUCGACACGACGAGCGCGCUCAAUUUGUCGUCGCGCGCACGCCGCGCCCAGUCGCCAUUCGAGCUGUCGUCCGGCAGCGGCGACGAGGCCGGUUCGCAGAUAGUCGUCACCUCCCAGAACAACGCGGCUUCGAACAACAGUCUGCCGCACAAGCUCAGGCACAAGUCGCGCAUCGGCGACAAAGACGCGGCGAGCGCGUUGCUCGCGCUUCAGGGUAUCAAACAGGAGCCCGGACCGAGAGCGUCGCCGCCCUGGGACAACGGAGAGGGUUCCAGCGACGAGCGCGAUUCCGGUAUUUCGUUGGGCGUCGAGUGGACCGGGCCGUCGGUUCCGACAAUAGCGGAGAGCGGUCGCGAUAUGAAGCUGAAACUGGACCGUUUGGCAUCCGAGGUUGCGUAUCUGCGCGAGUCGAUGUUACGCGCGCAACCGGCAGUCGCCGCUGCGACAGCGGACAGUCUGGUGACGGGAUGCUCUGUCGCGACUGCCAGCGGACCGUGAAGGACGCUGCGAUUCUUCCUUGGCUUGACGCCGGAAUUCUUGGAAACAGAACGUGAAGAUGUGUCGUCGGGACGUCGUCAUUGUUGUUGUUGUUGUCUUGAGAACGCGAGGGGAGCUUGAUAGCGUGUCGCGUUUGAAAUCACUUGCGAGGAAUUUUGUUGAAAGAAUUGCGUUAGUUAUUUAAAGAGGAAGAGCUUUUCGUUUCGGAUGCGAUACGAGCAGAUAGGUGGUUGUCGCCACAUCUUCAGAGAUAUCUCAAAUAUUAAACGUAGCCAUAUUAGAAGUACGUGAAGUUUAGAUUAAAUCUUGAUCGUGUUUAUUAUACUUCGAAAAAACUUGUUUUAGGAUUUGAUUGUAUGUACAUCAGAUUAUAUAUAUAGAGUUCAUAUACACACAAAAUAUAUAUAUAAUUAAUUUAUAUUUUAAUAUAAUAUAUGUGUAUAUAAUUUAACAUAUCUUUAUGACAUUGAUUAGGAGAGUUCAGUCAAUUGUAAUUGGGUGUAAAAUUUUAUUAAAUAUUUCGAAUCAUUGCAACUUCGCCGAGAUUUUCAACCGCGCUACCGAUCUGCUCUAUCGUAUCGGUACAAGUUGUUCUGAAGCCGACGAUGACCGAAGGAUGUACACGAAAGGACGUACUCGUCUCGCGCUACGCGUCUCUCGCCUGCGAAACUUUGAUCCUUCGAUCUGUAGAUCCGUGAACAAUCUUUUUCUCCGUGUUGAAAAACAAAACUUCUAAUUUAUUGCGUACAGCAAAGUAACGUGAAAAAAAAAAAAAAAAAACAAUAUGAACACUUAUCGGAAUUUGUUUCGAACAUAAAAAAAACAAAGUAACUACCGAUCGAAGAGUUGAAGGGCAUUUUUUUCCGCUCCUUUUCAGUCCCGAAGCGACGUGUAAAGAUAGCAGAGAGUUAAGAGCCAAUGCGUUAAUAAGUGAUAUCCGUAGUGUUGUAAGUUACUACGCUCGUAAGGAAAUUUAGACUAUAAUUGUUCUUUCUAUUAAUUACCGUAAUAUCGUUAACUAGGAGAGUUCGGUCGAUUCGGGCGGUCGUAUCGCGACGAGUCGAACGUUAUCGAGCGUUUAAUUGUUAUGUAAGCCGCGAGUUAUUCACGGAUUGAUAACUGGUCGCGCAACCGGCUAUCUCACUACCAUCAAAUAUUCACGAUAUUUGCAACCUUUACGCCUGUGUAGCAGGGGAUUCUCCUUUCUUCGUCACUGUUCGUCAUCGUCGUCAUUUUUUUUUGUUUUUUGUUUUUCAUUUUCUUUGUGGCAAUCACGCGAAGCAGCGUGUGCGACGUGAACCACGCCGAUCUGGAGCCUUUUAUUUAUUUUCACCAAAAAGACCGAGAGACUCUCGAUGUCGAUUCUCAAUGUCGAUCUUUGUACACGUUCGUACGAUUGAAUCUUGAAAAAAUCAUUUAUCGCAAGCGAACAACACUCACGUCAUCUCGCUUUGAAAUUCGGUUUAUUGGUGCUCCAUUCCAAAAAAUUCGCUUCUUAUUUAUUGCUUCUCACAAUGAAGGCUCCGGAUCGGCUUCCUCCGUCUCUCGGAUCGCUGAGCGCGCUUCUCCCUCGACACUCGCGCCGAAUCUUCGUCGUCGACGUCCGUUUCUCUCACGCGACUUCUGUUGUUUUCCUUUUUUUUGUACUUUUGCUAUCAAAUCGAGUUAAAACGAGUUCUCUACUCAGCGCUCUUGUAUUUGUACAUAUGUAUAUGUUUUAAUGAAAAAAAAGAAAAAAAAA